GAUUUAAAAUUAUUCUUACUCGAUUUAUAUACGCAAAUUGACAUUUAAAUAAAUUUGGAUGACAACUGUUGCAUAAAUAUUGAAAGAAAUCGAUAUUUUAAACAGAAUUCGUAAGUACCUUCGUGUAUCAUACUUCAACUGUUCUUAUAUGAAAACAUACGAAGGUCAAUGUUUUUCAAACAACUUACUGUAUAUGGCGACAUUCAAUAUAACCUAAAAAAAUAACGUAGUGAACUUCAUCGUAGUUUAUGCAUGUUGUCAUUUAAAGAAAAUAAGUACAAAAACUUUUGGUAUUAAUCUAACCUCCCAUUGGGUAUUAUUCGUACGUUACGAUUUCAUAAUACUAUCGAAGAAAAUAUUAAAGGAAUUCAAUAAUCUUAUUAAUGUGUACUUUGUUCCCAUAUCUAAAUAAUCACAUCACUAAUAACAACAUCAAGUUUAUCAGCAAUUAGAAAGGACAAGGGAAAAUGUCAGAUGACGAAGAUUACAUGUCUGAUAAAUUUUUGCUAGGAAUUGAGAAAUGUAGUUCAUCCAGUCUCAUACAUAAACACGCAGACAGAAGGAAAUUUGAACUUAUGAAAAAAAAGACUGAAGUUGAUGCUAAUUUGAGAGAAAAGAGUUCUGUAAAAUAUAUUGAACAACAAAAAAGGGAAGAAGGUUUAUCUUCUGCAAUUACAAGUACUAAUAAAGGCUUUGAAUUGCUUAUGAAAAUGGGAUAUAAGCCAGGUCACGGUAUAGGUAAAACAGAAUCAGGAAUAACUGAACCAAUUGGUGUUGAAGUGAAAUUAAACAGACACGGUAUAGGAAAGGGCAUUAAGAGAAAAGAAAUAGAUAGUAAAAGUAGUUUGACUAGCGAUAAACUAAAUAAUAAAAAUAUGAAGGAUUUUCGUGGUAGAAUUGCACAGAAAAAAGCAGAGCAACUAUUGAGAGCAGAUCUCAGGAAAAGUCAAAAAGUUUGUGAAGAAUUGGAUUUGCAAUCAAAAAUAGAAAAACCUAUGGAAGCAUGGUUUUGGUUGCCUCAAGAAACUGAAGAUGAUAGCGAUACUGAAGAAACUGAAGAAAUUGAAGAAGAAUCUCCCCCUGAGACUGAACAAUUGGAAAUUCUUACAAAGUACUUAAGAGAUAAACAUUUUUACUGUAUUUGGUGUGGAGUAGCAUAUCAUAGUGAAGAUGACUUAGGAAAUAAUUGUCCUGGAAAUACAAGAGACGAUCACUAAAUA